AUGCCACUCAAGCGGGAUCAAGUUGAUGCAUGGGUCAAGUUCACACGCAACAUAUUACAACUGGACCAGUUACUCGGCGACAAGGCUGACUGGGACACAUACGGCCGAACGAGCGAAAACACGAGACCGCACGAAAGGAAUACUCCCGUUCUGGCGAAGCACUCAUCAACACUCGUAGGCCCUGAUGGCAAGGGUAUCCGCAUCUUAUGCCUCAUGGAGCUCAAUGUGCUUGAUGGGCACAACGCGCCAGAACACAUGAGGGUUUACAAUAACUCGGCAUAUGCUGUGACCCGGGACAUUAAUAAUAUCGUUAGCGCAUUUGUUCUCCAUGUCACGAUGGUGGAUGAGAAUAGUCCUGAGACUGCACCAUCGGGCUUCAAGCUGGACGCGCGAUGUCCUGUCAUACCGUUCAACAGUAUCGGCGGAAGCAAUAAUCCCAAUCUCACCAUGGAAAUCCCUGACAACUUGAGCUGGGUCCAGGCCGGUUCCUGUACCUUCGAGGGCAAAAUAGGAGGAGGGAGCUUUCAGAUUGUGAUGUCCGACGGCAUCCAGUUUCAGGGCACCAUUGAGAGAGGUCCCCCAUAUAGCCAGGAGAUUAAAGGAAAAGGGACAUGGACUGCGUUGAACUAUAUGAUCUAG